GGCAGCCAGCUGCCGUGGUCUGAAGAGCUCGUCCUGACGGAUUUGCUUUGACAGAUCCGGGUUAGCCGCCAGGAGAACCCAUUUUCCUCCUCAGCCCUCACCGAGGCGCUUCAGAUCGCAGACAGACCGGAGACGGAGCGCGCAGCACCUCCCCGGUUGCGUCUCCCGCAUCCAACUGUCCUCGGACUCCAAAGACCCAGGAGUGAGGAGACUCGCAAGGCGUUGUUUUAGCACUUUCACCUUUACGUGGCGCUGGAAACUUCAAGCUCGCAAGACAAGGAGUUGAAAAUGCGAUUAUGUUGUCGUCGGUCAACCUCUUUACAACCACUGACAACAUCUUUUUCCUGGCACCGAACCGUCCUCAAGAGCACUUAAGUCAGUAAGACAUACUAACUCUCAAAACAACUUUGAUAUAAGGAUACAACCCGAUUCACGGAUAAACGUAUUUUAUGUACGACCUGCGGGGAUUAAAAUGUAGCUCACUGCUGAUGUUUAUGCAGCAACGUCGAUGGCUGUUGGGGAAUUGUCUCUGUUGCACGUUAAUGAUGACUUGAGCUUUGACUUUUUCUUUUGUUGGACUGCAUAGAUGUGGUGUCAAUGGGCAAUUCCUUUUGAAAAACAAUAUAUAAUCCAUGAUCCCAGAAGACUUGAACAAUGCCGGUGUUAAUUUUGAGAGCAAUAUUUUUCCUGGCGUUUAAUUUAGCUGUGUUAUCUCACAGAUACGAUGAUAAAGUAAGGACUAAUCUCGUUCCGGACAAUUAUAACUACAACGCCAGGCACAAAAUUGUGCCCCAAACCAUCUCAGAAAGUGGUCGGAGAUGGCACCGAGCAUACGGGAGAGUAAUCGCCGAGAUAGACCACCGCAGAGCACACGCCACAGGUGUGUCCUCAUGGGACGCAAUCAAGAGCCUAGUACACAACAUAAACGCAACCUCGUUUAAAAUGAAAAUGAUAGCUGGGGGUAAAAAGAAACGUUUUGGAUACAAAUACGACGUGCCGCCAAACGGCAACCAGACGGGGACGGACAGUUCGGCGGCGACAAAACGCAGAGAAUCUCGGAGGCGCAAGAAAGAAAAGUUGAAUUCUGAGAUGCCCGCUGCCAUGGAAACGCUAGGUGAUGGAUACAGUUCCUCUAAACCUCCUUCAGUGAGCAAGCAGGGGGAACACAAGAAGAACCACAGACGGAAAAGGGGCACAAUAGACGGCCAGAACAAAACAGUUAAGAGUGGAAGGAAACAACCGGGCAAGAGAAGCCAUUCCCCCUCUCAUUUAGAAAGUUCCCCGGAUGCCUCUCCCGCAAUGUGGGAACCGAUGCCUCGACCUUUGGCCCUUAACCAGUCCACGGAUUUUCCGUUCGACAUUACUAGAAAUUACGAAUCAUUGACUUUCCCAUACGAUGACCUCGACGAAACGACUCCAUUGAUCCCCUUUAAUACGCAGGGAAAGAAAAGUGGGGUCAGGAACCCCUUUUACCCCCUAUCCAGCGAGGCAUAUGGAGCAUACGCCAUCAUGUGUGUUUCUGUCAUCAUUUUCUCAGUGGGGAUAAUCGGGAACAUAGCAAUCAUGUGCAUCGUGUGUCACAAUUACUACAUGAGGAGUAUAUCCAACUCGCUGUUAGCCAACCUCGCCUUGUGGGAUUUUGUCAUCAUCUUCUUUUGCUUGCCCCUCGUGAUUUAUCACGAGCUGACGAAAACGUGGUUGCUGGGGGAGUUCUCCUGUAAAAUCGUGCCAUACAUCGAGGUGGCGUCUCUGGGGGUCACCACUUUCACGCUGUGCGCGCUGUGCAUCGACCGCUUCCGCGCGGCAACCAACGUGCAGAUGUACUACGAGAUGAUCGAGAACUGCGCGUCCACCACGGCCAAGCUGGCGGUCAUCUGGAUCGGGGCACUCCUGCUGGCCCUGCCUGAGCUCAUCAUCCGGCAGCUGGCCACGGAGGAGGGCGAGUCGCCCGACGUCACCCCCUGCGAGCGCUGCGUGGUCCGCAUCUCCACCGAGCUGCCGGACACCAUCUACGUGCUGGGCCUGACCUACGACGGGGCGCGGCUGUGGUGGUACUUCGGCUGCUACUUCUGCCUGCCCACGCUCUUCACCAUCGGCAGCUCGCUGGUGACGGCGCGCAAGAUCCGGCGGGCGGAGAAGGCCUGCGUCCGCGGCAACAAGAAGCAGAUCCAGCUGGAGAGCCAGAUGAACUGCACGGUGGUGGCGCUGGCCAUCAUGUACGGCUUCUGCGUCAUCCCCGAGAACAUCUGCAACAUCGUGUCGGCCUACAUGGCGGCCGGCGUGCCGCGGCGCACCAUGGACGUCCUCCAGCUGGUCAGCCAGGUGCUGCUCUUCUGCAAGUCGGCCGGCACCCCCGUGCUCCUCUUCUGCCUCUGCAAGCCCUUCAGCCGCGCCUUCCUGGACUGCUGCUGCUGCUGCUGCGACGAGUGCGGCCCCAACAAGUCCUCCGCCGCCACCAGCGACGACAACGACCACGAGUGCACCACCGAGCUGGAGCUGUCCCCCUUCAGCACCAUCCGCCGCGAGAUGUCCGCCUACACGGCCGUGGGGACGCACUGCUGA